CUUUCUUGUGCCACGGCUCAGACGGUAGGUGGGAAACGGACGGAAUCCAUCCGGACCCACUUAUACAUCUGCCUCCUUCCCCGAGAAGAAUCCACAGCCUCCCACCUGUUGCCUUAUCUUCUUCAAGCUCGCUUGCAGCAAUCACAACGAAGAUGGAAAGCUCUUCCUCCUCCUCCCAGGCCGGCGGUGUGCUCCCGUUGAUCCCUUGUCCAGAAUGCCGUUGCAAGGUGGUGACCUUCGUUUCCCGUGCGGGGAACGGUUCUACAAAUGCGUCAGGAAAGAUGCUAGGCUAUGUCCGUUCAUGAGAACGAUGGACACCUACCUGCCGGAGCUCACCCGUGUCGGUUUAGCUGAGCCACAGGUGCUGCAUCACUCCAUGGCCAUGCACCAAUCCGCUCCAGUUCAGCGUAGAUCCAGGCGGGAGCAGGAGUUCAUCGACGGCAGCCAGCGGGAGAUCCAGCCGGACCAUGCAGCUGUAAGGCUGCAAAUGCAGCAGGCGAACCACAACCCCCGUGCCCAAGCUCCUUGCUGCUCGUCCGACACCCAGCGCACCUCGAUGCUGCUGGCUGGAACCAACUUUAUCCUUGUCGUCGCCCUGUUGUAUUUAAUCUUCGGCCAGCCGCGCGGUUAGGCUUUCAUCAGCACUAGUGAUGUAUCAACAGUUCAGUCGUCGGUCUAGAUCUUUUGUCUUGUAAUCGCACUCUCUAAUUUUCUGUUCAAAUCUAUCCCGCCUGUUACCAUAAUUAGCACGCCAAUUGCUCAGUGUGCCGUAUGUGCCAAUGUGUAGUAUUUUUAAUAUAUGUUUGCCGUCCUGUUCUAUUUUUUGUUCUAAUUUUGGUUGCAAGUUAUUACUGUGGGAAUAUUUCUUAUUUGUUAACACAUGAUGCCGCAUAGGUCUUCCAUUUUCUUAAUUUAUUACUGUAUCGUGUUGUCACGUCAGCGCAUCCGAAUCAAUGGACCCACGAACGCCCAACCUCCUAAUUUACUGCCAAAGCCCAGCCUGAAUUUACUGCCGCCCCUUCACUACCCAUCCGCCCAGUCUCCACACCCCUGCUCAUCCAUAUCCUCAAGCUCUCAUCCAGCGACUCGCCCUUUCUCUCCCUCACCUGCCGUUCUACCUCCCGGUGGAAAACUCCGGCGCGUAGAUCUACCCACAUCGCCGGCGAUUCUGCUUGCGUCUCCCGGAGUGGCGGCUCAUUCAGCACCAUAAUGUCGGAUGAUGGCGUCUGGUUUGAUGUGGCCAUCACGACCCCUGAUAUUCCGGUACCCACAUGGGAUACCAAAAAUUUUGUGAACAUCUUCUGGCCAAAACUUCAGUAUUUUGUUCUCAGCCAGUACAAUGGCCCGUCGGUGGGUGCUAACUUUGCUCAUUGUCCAUGCACUGAAUUUGAGAUUUAAUUUCUGAUGCAGUUGGAGAUCAAGCAUUCCGCCAAACCCAAUGCUCUUAACAAGAUAUCACUUGUACUCAUCGAAACUCUGCAUGACCUCCACGACGUGCUUGACAGAUAGCCGUGAUGUGGGUGAUUGCAGCAAUGGUCGUUCAGCACUGUGUGCAGACUCUUCGCUAUCGGUUUGAUGUUUGUCAUCCUCCGUGUCCGCCGCACAGCUUGCCUCAUCCGACAUUAUAAAGACUACUUUGGGGAUGGACAAAAAAGGAGUUCACAGUCUGGGUGCAGCUGAAGAUUUCCUUAAGAGGGAUAUUUCUGAAUCAUCAAGCAAGCUCGAGAAGGAUUGCUUCCAAAUUGCCUUCGUUAUUUUUGUCAUGGGUCACGUCCUUGCGCCCAGCACCAAGCAUGAUUAUGGUAGUAUUGAUUUUUGGGGAGCGUUGGUGGACACUGAAAACAUAGGCCAAUUCAAUUGGUGCGAGUACGUGGUUCAAUGCAUGCUUGCUGGUGUUAGGAGGAUCAAGACUGAUAUUAGGUCCGGCAACAUGGCAACCAACCUAGUAGGAUGCCACCUCUUCCUGCAGAUUUUCUUGCUGGACAACCACAAUCUCUUCAUGAUGAAUAAGCCACACUCGGUGCUUCCUAGGGCCAGUGUGUUUGAUCAAGACUCAUUCCGUAAAAUGAUAAUCCAUGCUACUGAUGUUGGGAAGUCUACCUCAUCUUACGCGAGUGCUCCGAUACGAUACUACUCCCUUGUGUGCUAUGCUCGGUCCAAGCAUGGUGAGGUGGAGAAGUCAGACUCUAGGCACACCGCAAAGUCGCCACAGCGGCCAGCUACGUCCUGUGCUGGUAGCUCUGCCAAGUCCAGUCGCAAAGACCUACCCAGCCCAUCUCAUGCACCCCAUUUGAUUCACGAGAUGAUGCCGACCACAAUAUGCAUGCUUGGACCUUCUGAUUUCUUGAAUUACCUAAACAGGCAGUACCCUCACCUGGCUAGUGAUGAGAUGACAGUCCUACUGAAGGAGUUAAAUGCUCGUUGUCUAUCACACAUUACAACUACGCGCAGGCAAAUCCAGCUUGAGAUGAUGAGGUUCGCCGACAAGCUGUACGGUGCAAGGACUCGCAUAUGCACUUGCUGUACAACACGUGCACAUGCAGUCCCCCCCAGAGCUACGUCUGCUACAAAAGAUGGUGGCGUUACUACUCCAGCAACAACUCCUUUUGCAGGCCGCCGCCUGGAGUUAUCGCCAUGUGAAGGGAUUACUUCCACAAGCAAGCGAACGAAAACUGUGCGUACCCAUCAAUGCCCAUCUGAACCAAGGAUGGAGUCUGCGCUCAGGCACGUCCUGCAAACUCUCAAUUUGUUUGCAAAGCAGAACCUAAAUGGAAUUAGUGAACUAUAUAUCGACCUCCCGAACGAUGCUACAACUACCAUUUUCGGCCAGAGGAGCAAUGAUCUUCCCGGAUGCAAGUAUGUGUCUCGUCCUGGAUUCGAGACAAACCCCUGGUGUAGAGGAGUUGUCACGUGCCCUCCACAACCUGGUGUAGCUCACCUCAUUCAACAACACUUGUUGAACGCUGAUGGAACCGAGCUAGCAGGGAACUUUAUUGUUCACGAGGAACCAAGAUUUAUCAGGAUCACCAGCUUUGUCAUACCCGAUCAGCUCACUGGCAACAACAUAAUUGGUCAUGAAUUGAUGUCAAUUCUUUUUCGGCGGUUUGCUCAGAUCGAUUGUGAUGCCGAAACCGAGAACCCAUUCUUAAGAUGGAGGCACCCACUUGAGCCUGAACUCAGAACUAUGGUGUUGUUGGAUUCUGACUUCUUGCACACAGUGUCGAUACAGAAGCAGCUUUCCGCGGAUUCUCUGAAGUAUGAUCUAACAUCCACCCAAAUGUUCAUCACAGCUGUACCACGGCCCGAAGGUUGGAUGGUCAUAAUAUGGGACAUGUAGCUAAGAGUAAUUAAUCUCCUUGAUCCGCUCUACCAAACAAAUGCAUUAGCUCCUCCGCAUAUAGACCAAGACGAAGCAGCAGCCUGGAAGCUCCACAGUGCAUUAUUUGCAUGCCUCCAUGAAUUCUAUGCUGGGUGGCCAUCAGUCAAGGAGAACCGGCGAAUGAAGCAUGAACCUAUGACAGAUGUCACAUUUUCACCCGCUGAAUCUGGUGUUUGCGCCAUACACAUAGUUCGACAAUUCGACGGGGAGAAGUUGAAGUUACCACUUACUAAGGCAUAUAUGAUGCUCCAACCGAGCUCUGGGACAUCCCAGUCUGCGAAGUGAUUACGGAGGACUUUCCGAAGCGCUUUUAGUACCAGGGUCGUGUUACCCUCAUGUUUGACACUCAUCUCAUCAUCAUGGAUGCUUGUCUCUGCUGGAUCCAUAACAACAAUAGUUUUCUCCUCAACGUCCAUAACAUAAAAGGAGAAUCCAUCCAUCAACGGUACAAGAAGGAACAACUGCACAUUCGCAAAAUUCGAAGCAAUCAUGAGUCGGGGAUUGCAAUACAUUUCAUGCAGUUGGAAUUUCAUGACCUAGGCCGGCUCUCCCAGGGAACACACUACCCAUCUCACCCUUCACAUCAGGCCUUGCUAUCCCAAUUGGGGAUCACUAUCCAGCUGGACUCAACGGUUAUCACAGGCAGCUACGUUAAAUAAAAUCUUAGUGAGAUUCUCCAUACAUCAAAGAGUCUCUGCUCCCUGCGAGUCCAACAAGUGCAUUCGUCAGAAGAUUGUUCAUCUAUCCACUUUGGAUUACAAAAGUAUUAUGAAUACAGGCCCGUCGCUGAACGUACCCCUCAUUGCUGAAGGCGUAACCAAGUCAAGGUCACAAGGGUAGAAGUCGUCCAACCUGCUCCCCCAUGCCUAGCAGCAUGAACUGGUGCUUCACCACCAAACACCGCCGUUGCCUCCUUGACCUGCUCGGCUGUGGCUACACAAAACAGAGUCAUGCAUCAGUUAGUCUGUUGCCACGCUUCAUCAAUUUCUAACACAACGGCUACGUCCUUACUGCUUAUACUCACCGUUCUGGUUGUAAAGUGUCUGGUACAAAUGAGCAAUCCCAUUAUCCAUGUGUACUUGCUUGUUUGCCUUCUGUUCCUUCUCUUGCUGGCAGAGUUUUGCUAGUUCCGCAUCUUUCUGCUGCUGCUCAAUUUCUUCCUUCUCUUGUUCCUCAUGACAUUUCUUCGCGAACUCUAUAUCCUUUU